GUUCACGUCAAUCAAAUGCUACAGCGUUAAAUCGAAGAUCACAAAGUGAAGAAGAUCGUGUUCGACGAAAUGAAGUGGAAACACAACGACACAGACGGAGAAAUCAGUCGGUUAAUAGUGAAGCACCAAGAAACCGUCGUGGUCGUACGUCCGUUUAUGAUAUACGUCAAAUGGAACGCGCGGCUUUCAAUUACGAUGCCACCAUUGAUUACAGCAUGCAUGCCUACAUUGGCCAAAUGAAUAUAGAAUGUAUACAUUGCAAAGCAAUUAAAUUCAGAAACGAAACGCCUGGGAUGUGCUGUGCUGGUGGGAAAGUCAAAUUGCCGGUGCUAGAACUUCCGCCAGAACCUUUGCAUUCAUUGGUUUUUGGCAAUUCACCAACGUCGAAGCAUUUCCUCUUAAACAUUAAAAAAUACAAUUCAUGCUUUCAAAUGACAUCUUUGGGAGCUACAAAUAUUAUGAGAGAUGGAUUUAUGCCGACGUUUAAGAUUCAAGGUCAAAUAUACCAUAGAGCUGGGUCUUUGCUACCAUUCCCAGAUGGUGACCAUAAAUUUUUGCAAAUAUAUUUUAUUGGU